CGCUCCGGCUUACCACCGUGCUAUUGGCCAAGAACCAACUAUCCUCAGCCUAAGCAGAUCGCGACGAGCUCACGCUUCUGCGACAAUCUUUAGGAUCCAAAAGGAGACAAGCGACUCGCUCGACCCCGCGGCGAGAACAUUUAGGAAACAAGAAAAAACAAAAGAAACUUCGAUACACUCUGUUAUCGCGAUCAUCUGUGACUUUGACUAGUCAUGGCCAGUCCGUUGCAGUUUGCCUACCGAACCCAGAAGGCCAUCGGCGUCUUCGAUGCCGCGCCUGUCUACGAAGACCUCCCUGGGUUCGACAAGCCUGAAGGGAACCUCCGGUGCUGUGUCUACUCGCCAUGCGGCCGAUACUUUGCCUACGCCUCUAACGAGGGCGUGUCCAUUGUCGACGCCUCGGUUGGUCAUGUGCUGACCUCGCUACUGAUCCCGACCGUUUACGAUCUCAGCUUCUCGCCCCGUGGCUCGUACUUGAGCACCUGGGAGCGCCCUGCCAAGGACGAGAACGGGGACGCCACCAAGAACCUCAAGAUCUGGCGUGUCAUUGAAGAUGUCGAGGAGGGUGCCGAAAAGCAACCCCUUGGCAAAUUCGUCCAAAAGUCCAUGACCAACUGGAAUCUGCAGUACACGGCCGACGAGCAGUUCUGCGCCCGUCUCGUGACCAAUGAAGUCCAGUUCUACCAAAGCGACGACCUGACUACCGUCUGGAACAAGCUGCGCGCCGAGGGCGUGACCGACUUUGCUAUUGCCCCCGGAAUGAACCAGAAUGUUGCUGUUUUCGUGCCCGAGCGCAAAGGCCAACCCGCCGGAGUGAAGGUCUUCAAUGUGCCGCAAUUCGCCACCCCGAUUUCCCAGAAGACAUUCUUCAAGGGCGACAAAGUCCAGCUCAAGUGGAACGCGCUUGGCACAAACCUCAUUGUGCUUGCCCAGACAGAGGUGGACAAGUCCAACAAGAGCUACUAUGGCGAGACGAAUAUGUACUUGCUGAGCGCCAAUGGCUCCUUCGAUGCCCGCGUAACACUGGACAAGGAGGGCCCCAUCCACGAUGUUGCUUGGUCUCCGAACUCGAAAGAAUUCGCCGUGACUUACGGGUUUACACCCGCUAAGACAACGCUCUUCAACCACCGCGCCGUGGUUACGCAUUCUUUCCCCCUCGCCCCCCGCAAUACUCUGAUCUUCUCGCCUACUGGCCGGUUCGUCCUUGUCGCUGGCUUUGGCAACUUGGCUGGUCAGAUCGAUGUCUAUGAUCUCGAGAAGGACUACCGCAAGGUGACGACAAUCGAGAGCGGGAACCCCAGCGUGUGCACCUGGAGUCCGGACAGCCGUUACAUCCUGACAGCCACCACUUCUCCACGCCUUCGUGUCGACAAUGGCGUGAAGCUCUGGCAUGUGACUGGCGGCAUCAUGUACAACGAAGAGAUGGUCGAGUUGUACAACGUCAUGUGGCGGCCCGCGCCGCUCGAAAGUCUGCCGAGCGGAGAUGCUCUGCAUCCCGUGCCAGCUCCCCAUGCUUCGGCCCUGGCGUACUUGGGCACGGUCAAGACACCGUCCAAGCCGGCGGGUGCCUACCGGCCCCCUGGCGCACGGGGUACCGUAACACCGCUGCACUUCAAGCGUGAGGACGAGGGUGGUGCGGCCCACAUCGUCGGCAACGGCACUCCAUCGGUUGGACCUAACGGAUUUGGACGUCCGCGCCGUCAAAUUCCAGGAGCCGAGUUCACCGACGCUCCUGCGGGCGUUCCUGGCGCCGUGCUAGCCGAGGGAGCCGCGAUGGAGGGAGAAGAGGGCUUAUCCAAGACUGCGCUCAAGAACAAGAAGAAGCGCAACAAGAAGGCAAAGGAAGGGGCUGCGGCUCCUCAGGGUGCUGAAGGUGGCCUAGCCCCGCCUCCUCGUGAGUUCGGAAGCGGGUCCGGUAACGAGGGACGCAGCCCCGAGCGACGGGGCCAGUUCCAGAACCAGAAUCCCUAUGCGCACCAGAACCAGCAUAUGCGCAACCAGUCGCGCAACCUCCCACGCGACCGUGCCCGCUCGCACAGCAGGCCUGGGCCGCAAAAUGGACAGACGCCCAACGAAGCGCCGCCGCAGUCGAGCCCACUAAAAGAACAGGGCAGUGCUCCUGUUACUCCUGUUGCACCGGUUUCGCCUGUUGUUGAAGUGGUUGACCCUGCUGUGGCGGCCAACCAGAGUGCCAAUGCCAAGAAGAUUAGGAGCCUUCAGAAGAAGAUCCGCGCGAUCGAAGAUUUGGAAAUGCGUUAUGCGGGCGGCGAGAAGCUCGAGGACACGCAAAUGAAGAAGAUCAAGACCAAGGUGGACGUGAUGAAGGAGCUUGAUGUGCUGGCCAAGGAGUUGGCCUAAGCAUCCAGCCGCAUUGUGAGAGAGACAAGGAGAGGACUUCGUUCCCACGCAGGAAUACUACCUCCGCUCUCUUUGUCUCUUGGAGCUUUUGGGACUUGAACAGCCUACCCUACUCUUGUCAAAGUUGGACACGUGAAAACUGACAUUUUGGUCAACGACGAGAAGUAGGCGAUCAGAUAUUGAGCUCGAGGA